AUGAUUGACGCCGGAUUGACCCCGUUCCUUGUAUUUACGGCCUUGAUUUCUCACACCCAGUCUAUCGAGCCUGUCAAUGCCCCAGGUCAUUGGUCCACUCUGUUCGCUAGCGACCAGGCUACUACCAGUAUCGUGUUCGCCACCUUUGUUACCAGCGUGGUUACCGGGACGUUUCACCUGGUAUCUUUAGCGGUAUCGAUCUAUCUUGGGGUCAUCUUCCGCAAGAUUUCAAGACUUCCUCCGGAUAUGAACCCUUUAGAGGACAAUCUAACGUCUCGGCACAAGCGCAAUAAGUCAUCUCUUCUCGAUAACCGUACGAGCCAAAUCUCCAUAUCAACAGACAAGAUCCGAGGACUCAGGGCUGAAGAUCCUCUGAUGGCCUCCCCGACCGUCCCAUUCAUGCACACCCGCAACGACUCCUACUCAAACAUUACAAACGUCUCCCAUCCUAACGCGAGCGCCAGAGCUUCUCGUACUAACCUUUCAACUCCGUUUAACGGUCAGCCACCGGCUCAUCGUUCCCCUCAUACCAAGAUUGGAGGCCCCUUCUAUGACCUACCGCUCUCUCAGCGCUCCUCGCGGACCAAGAUCCAGAGCCAAAAUAAUGACCAAUUGCGCUCUUCUCGUACCGACUCCCAUAUCAACACUACUGAUGCUCCCCAUCUCAACACCAAUGACAGUGUCUCUUUGACUGACCUCGCAACUCCUUUCUACGACCAACCGCCUGCUCAUCGUUCCUCUCGUACUGAGAUUCAAGGCCCUUUCUAUGAUCAACACUCCCCCUCCCACCAGUCGUCUCGUACCAUGUUCCCUGUCCUUUCUCAGGGCGAAAGCCUGGCGAAACAAACCGAUCAACCAACAGUAAUCUGUUCUCCCGCCAAGUCUUCUUCGCUUUAUUCCAACUCUUCCAACCCCGCGAGCCAUACCAACCACCCAAAUAUAAUUCGUUCUCCUACUAAAUCUUCAUCAAUCUACUCCACCAGCACCAUCACCACAAUAGCAACAAGUCGACCUGGAUCAACACGUCCGCGGUCCACAGUCCCAUCACUUCCCGACAGCAAUUGGAUUACGCACCCUUCUCCCUCCUCUUCUCCAUCCCCAUCGCCCCCAAGAGAACUCAAGCACCUUCUCAACAAACCGUCCUACCAGCCACUUUCCCAGAUUUCGCCCUUUGAGUACACGACCAACGAGAACUUUCGCCCUCUGCAAAUGAACCCACCAACCCCACCGCUCGAUCAGCAGAAGCGAAGGGGAGCAGCCGGGGUAGAGAAGGGGCCAUUGACGCCGGGAACCGGAAAUCCUGGCCAAGGAGGGGGCUGGGCCCCUGGGAUGGUUGGGAUCGGCAAGGCCAAAGCGUGGGGAGGCAUGGGGAGAUCUGGGCCUGCAGGAAUGGGUGGCGGAGGUAGGGUUGUUAGUAGGAGCGGAGUGGAGGUCAAGGAGAGAGGAAUUUUCCCAAGUGGAGGCAUCAGAGCACGAGAAGUUAGCGGGAAAGUGAUGGAGGAGGGAAGGACAGGGACCGGAGGAUGGAUGUGA